AUUGCACCAUAGUUUGCUCCACACCGAAUAGUUGCCUAAUUGGCGGGACGAGAGCUCGGCAUUUCUCUACUUACAAUAUAAAGGGCAGCUGAUAGAAGAUGAUUGACAUUUUAAUUAUUUAUCAAAGUUAAAAAAAAAAAAAAAUAAAUAAAUAAAUAAAUUCAAAUAAUGCUUAAAGGAAGAGAGAGCUUGGUCCGAUUAAUCGGCAGGCGUAGGCGAUUUCUUCCAAAUUGUCAAUCUCUUCUCUCUUCUCCAAUCCAGAGCUCUUUGAAUCUCUGCACUGAUAAAAAUGGUAAAAUCUUUUCGGCUAAAACUGACGAUUCCGAAGCUUCCGAUGUUGUAAAGUGCCCCGUUUGUGGUAAAAAUGUCUCGACUGAUGAUAAUAUAAUCAACACUCAUCUAGAUGCCUGUCUAUCUAGAGGAACCAAACGAAAAUUGACCCAACGCACCCUUCUUCAGUUGAACUUCUGUGCGCAACCAAAAGGUCAAAUCCAUUCCAAUGAAACAGAACAUCAAAUUAUUAAUGUGGUUUCCGAAGAUCCUGCAAAGAUUCUUGUACAGAAUGCCAUUUGCGGAUUGUCCAACACUGUUGCGGUUGAAGAAGAUGAUAAUAUCCAUGCAGGAUCUCCACUAAGAUUUGAAUGUUUGGAGCUUACUUGCAAGGCUGGUUCUAGUGAUAACCAAAUUAACGAAAUCGACUGCCAGGAUAAGAUGCCUUCACCAGAUACUGAAGCUCUCAAACAUCACAUAGACUUGACUAUUGAUGACAUAUCUGGGGCUACUCUCCAAACUUUUAUUGUAGGCCGUAGGUUUAGUGAUGAAAAGGGUAUAAAUCUUGGAAAUAGCAUCUCUCUCUUAAGAGAACCCCAUAAUCUUAAGGAUCCCUAUGCUAUCAAGGUUCUUUCUGCAGGUUCUGGAUGCUGUAAAGUUCUUGGUUAUCUUCCUCGAGAGUUAUCUCAAUAUUUGUCUCCUCUAAUUGAGAAGUCCUGCCUGAGUUUUGAGGGUUAUGUGACUUCAGCACCCAAACAUUCUCUUGAUGUUGUUCCAAUUAAGAUUACAUGUCACAAGAUUAUAUCAGAUUGUGAAAUAGAUGAUGAUAUUGAAUUUUCCAAAUGUCUGUGGAAAAGGGUUCUACAUGUGGUUGAAUCUGCAAAGAAAUAUCCAUCGAGUACAAUAAAGUAUCAGCAUAACUUCAAUCUGUUAAUACAAGAAGUACUAAGAAGUAAUUCUCACCUUUUCACCGAUAAUGAGAGAGUUUUCAUGGAAUCAUUCUCCACACUGUCUGUGGAUAGUCAGAGGCUUUUCAUUCGGCUUUAUACACGGAAAGGGCCAUGGUUCCGAUUGGCAAGUAUUUCUUAUCGUGAAGUGUUGGAUUCUCAAGAAGCAGUUAAGGAGCUCUGUGCUAAUGGCUAUAUAUGCUGCUUUGAAGACAAAAAUGAACUACAUGAUGACAUGAAGGAGAUUUGCAAUUUGCUCACUAUCUCUGAGCUGCGUGAAAUUUUGUCUGUGCUUAAAAAGAAUUGCAUUCGUGGUUCAAGAAAGCAGGAUCUUAUUGCAUUUCUUCUUCGUUCCUAUGAAGAUGGUUUAUGCCCACUCCUACCAAACAUGAUUCUUGAUAGAACAGGCAUCUGCAUUAGAAUAUCUUCAAAAGCUGAAUCCCUUAUCUGGCGUGCCGAGAGGCUUUUUUUCCUCAAUGGAGAGCAGGAUCUGUCAGCUUUUCUGCUAGUUGAUUUGGGGAUAGUCAAAUAUCCAACUUACAACUGCAUAAUCUCUGAACAGAUUUUCUCAAGUCUAAGUGAUCUUCUUGCUUAUGAAGAGGCCAUUGAACUAGCGCAAAUAAUGGAUCAAUCUCUUGACAAAAACAAUGUUGAAUUGGUGUUAAGAUGCCUUAUGAUAGCUGACUCCUGUAUGUCUGGCACUUAUUCAGAAGCAAUUCAAUCUCCAACUUCUGAAUUAGCAAGUACAUUUCAUUCUUGCUUUUCAGCAUCAUGGGUGUACUCGAAAGUGAUCUUGUUAGGAAUUUCCUUUCUUGAACGUGAGCGUCGGUAUCACGAUGCUGUAAAUUUACUGAAACGUUUGCUUCAUCAUUUCACUUGUGAUGGGAGAAGAGGAUAUUGGACACUGAGGUUGUCAGUUGAUUUGGAGCAUCUGGGCUGUCCCAAUGAGAGUCUGUCAGUUGCUGAAGAUGGGUUACUGGAUCCAUGGGUCCGUGCUGGUUCAAGAAUGGCCCUACAAAGGAGGGUUCUUCGCUUGGGAAAACCACCAAGGCGGUGGAAAACCCCUAGCUUUUCAGAAUCCAUUGAAAGGAAGAUCCCGGAGGUCCAUAUUCAAGGGAGACCGCUAAAUUGUGAAUUGGGUACGAAAAGCAGGUUUUAUGGAGAAGAUGGGGAACAAUGUGGAGUGGAGCAGCUUGCUUUGCAACAUUAUGCUGGGGAAGGCGGUGGAUGGCAGGGUGUUCAUACAGAGAGUGGAAUUUGGUUGACUAUAUUUGGGCUUCUCAUGUGGGAUAUUUUGUUUUUUGAUGUACCUGAUGUUUUUCGCACCAAGUUUCAGACUGCUCCCUUGGAUUUGGAUACUGAUAGCUUUUAUCUGGUAAGAAAGAACCUUAUAGAAUCUCAGCUACAAAAAGUUCACGAUGGUAUGGCUGAGGAGAUCCUCAUCACAUCAUGGGAAUCACAUGUGGGAACAGCUUGCAGAGGAGUUAACUGGGACCGACAUUCCCUCUCCGAGCUUCGGGCAGCAGUUACCUGCAUUGGUGGCUCUUGUUUGGCCUCAUUGUGCCGACAUCUCGCUGAAGAUUACCGGAGUUGGUCAAGUGGAAUGCCUGAUUUGUUGCUAUGGCGUUUCCAUGGGGAAUACAGAGGUGAAGCCAAGCUUGUUGAAGUUAAAGGCCCCAGGGAUCGACUCUCCGAACAGCAGAGAGCGUGGCUACUUCUGUUAAUGGAUUGUGGGUUCAAUGUCGAGGUUUGUAAAGUGAGUGCCACGCCAAUAUCUACAUGAAGUCGUGUUUCUUUGUUGUGAUUGCUCGGAAGAGACUUAAAGAACAUUGAGUUUUACAAGGAUGGAAGUUUGUUCUGCCAUUUGUUUGAGUCCGUGUGAAGUUUGACAUCCAGUCGCUGGAAAUUUGAAGAUUGUCGGAAAUCUCUAGCUAAUUUUCUUCCAUUUCAUUUUCUUAAUUUACAUCCUACGGCAGAUGUCAUGCUCUGUCUCUAUGAUUCAUUACCUGAGUCAGAGAUCUAUACUUUAAAUAUAGAACUUUUUACACCUUUUUCUAGUAUUAGACAAGUAGUAAUUUCUUUUAUAGCAGAUAUGGUGUCAUAUAGUCAAGCCGAGAGCCUAAUUUGGAUUUAUUGUCUCCUGAUAUUUAG